AUGUCGACCACAAAGGCCUCAUUUGUAGAGGAGGAAUCCGCUGUGAACCCGACACCAGUCAAGAAGAGCUUCGGUGCCCGCCUCGCCGCCCAUUUCAAGAAAUGGUGGUGGGUGCACUUGAUUAUAUUCAUCGCGUGUUUCCUAAUCAUUCUACUGCCGGUUGUCUAUGUCGCCUAUCCUAAGAUUGCACAGGAUGGCAUCACCGAUUCAACCCUCGAAAUCAGGGAGAUGAUCAUCACCAACCCAACGCCCGAGUCCUUCCACCUCGAGCAGAGACAAAUCAUCGGCACGCACAGCUCCUUCCACCCCCAGAUCUACGAAUUUGAUUCUGCCGUCUCGCUGGGCGGCGCGGCGAAGCCUUUCGCUCAUGUCACUGUCCCCCCUGUGAAGUCCAAGGAUGGGGCCGAGCUUCACUUCGAGCAGAAGGUUGAUCUGUCAGAUGCUGCUGCAUUCAAAGACUACAACGUUGCUGUUAUGUUGGAUGAGGAGGUUUUGUUGAAUGUUUACGGAAGACCUGGUUUGAAGGAGGGUGGUCUGCCUAAGACUACGGUUACUUAUAACAAGACUGUUCCUAUGAAGGGUCUGAACGGACUCAAGGGCUUCGACGUGCCCGAGUUCUUCAUCAUCUACCCACCGAAGAACGGUAUCGGGAUGAACGGCACCGCCACCAUCCCCAAUCCCUCUGUCAUGACCAUUGAGAUGGGAAAUGUAACCAUGAACCUCGAGCUAGACGGCAAACCAAUCGGAACAACCUACCUGAACGACCUGGUUCUCAAGCCUGGCACUAACACCGUACCACUCACCGGUGAAGUCGACCAAGGCCAAAUCAUCGAAUUACUCAUGUCAAAGAAAAACCCAUACAAAGACGGUAUUCUUCCCUUCGACAUCAUCGGCAACUCAAGCGUGUACCACGGCAAGAAGAUCCCGUACUUCACCAAGGCGCUGGCUGCGAACAAAAUGCAAAUCAAGCUGGAUGUUCGUGCUGCGCUCAAGGUUGCCGGCGUUGAUCUUGAUAAGUUGUGA